AUGCAGCGUUGUUUAAACCUCGCCUUGGAUAUCAAACCUGUGAAGACUGUCUCGGCAGCGUAUUUGCUUCAAGUUUGCGCAAAAUCGCCGUUUUUCUACGACGUUGUACAGUACGAUAAAGAAACGAGGGAACAAGAUCACGAUCCCACUUUGGAUAUGCUGGUUGUUUUAACGGGGAAGCUAAUCACUCAAACGAACAUCGAACAAGACGUCGUUAAUAAAAAAGUUUGUUGCUAUGGGUUGUUUUUGAGCAUCAGACAUAUUUUGCAGUCCAGAGAUAUAAGGAAAAACAACAAGGAAUACGCGGGCCUCUUCUAUCAUCUCACCUCUUUGUGCCUUAAACUCAAAGAUCACUUAAUGCCGAUAGUGUGCAAUCCGUCUCCAGAAGGCUAUAUACCCGAUUCCUUCGAAAUAAUAAACGAAUCUGACGAAUCUACCAAAGCACAGAUGGUUCUUGUGUAUGCUUGGAGAUCGAUGAAGGAAAUGACACUAUUGUUGGCUGAACUCAUCAGACAAACGAUCAAAUUGGAGCAAGAGUGCGUAACUUUGCCGCUCAGUGUCAUGAUAAAAAUUGGAGAGUUCUUUUGGGAUGUUUUUAUAACUAGUAAACAUAAGGGAGUCUUUGAGCAAGCUUAUGUUGGUUUUUGUGUGAUAUGUGAUUCGUUUUGGAGAUCGUCUAAUCAACUUUUGAAUCACCUUCCUCCACUUUGGCUUGAAGACGCCUUGAUGUUAUGUACUGGAGCCAAACAGUCUGACAAAUUGUGUGCAACAAGGAGAAGUGCCGGACUUCCCUUUUUGAUACUCUCUAUUAUCGGUUCUGAACCAGUUUUCGACAAAAACAGAUUCCACUUCUCUAUAACGCUACUUCUGGACGCCUGUAAGAACACUGAAACGGAAAAUGACGAACAUAGGAUGCAUUGUAUGAAUGUUUUGCGUGCCAUGUUCCGUCACAGCCGACUGGGGGAAAUGGUCACGGCCUAUAUCGCACAGGGAGUCAUCGUGGCCAUUACUGGAUUUCAAAGCGAAACUUGGGGGGUUAGGAACUCAGCAACUCUGUUGUACGCCGCACUGAUAACGAGAAUGUUCGGAGUACAAAGAACGCAAGACUCCGACGAUCUUUCCCUAAAAAAUAGGUUAACAGUUCGAGUAUUCUUUUUGAGAUAUCCCGAAUUGUUUCAAUUUUUGUUAGAAACGUUAACAAACGAGAGUAGUAAAAGCGAUAGUCUUCUAUUACAUCCAGUAUUAAUGAUUUUAGCUAGGUUGUAUCCAUCACAUUUUGAAGAGUAUAAUACACAGAUGGAUAAAUACGUGCCACACUUGACGACUUGUCUGUCUAAUUCCGUAUAUAGGACGAGAGAUCUAGCCGCCUGGGCCACAGUUCCUUUUAUUCGCAGCGAUCAAAUUUCUAGUCAUUUAAAUAGUAUAUUUGAUAGGUUAAGUCAAUCGGAUGUUAAAGAUAACGAAACCCAUGGCUGUUUACUACUGGUGUUAUAUAUUAUAAGAUCAAAUUCUACUGUGCCUGAGAUUCCAAUUAGUGAUUACCUUCAAAAGACUGUUAAGAUAUUAAAAUUCGCUGGCAAAAACUUUAGUCACAUGACAGCGUCCCUCUAUCUGCAAUUGGUUAUGCUCAUACUUACCAAAUAUCCAAAUUAUCAAGACUUAGACAUGUUGAGAAACCUCGUAAAAAUUCUCUCGAGACAAAUCACUUCCAACAUAGAGCCGGUAACUUCGUUAAGUAAAUAUUGCCAAGUGCGACUUUCUUUACUCUUUUAUAUAGUAAUAAAUAAAUUCGAAGAAACAGAUUUGACAUAUUCGACGGUAACGAACCAAAUUAUAUGUCAACUUUUACGGACACGAUCUCGAGAUGAGAAGGUUUUGUCUUAAUUUGCUGAUAUAUUUGAAUCAGGUGCAUACAGGAUACAAACACAGUUUAUACCAAACCGAAGAAAUCCAAAUACCCCCCGAAGUCAGAUUCUUGGGUAACACAUUCGACAGAAAGUCAAUCGCAAAAAUUCCUAAACCAGCACCCACCAAUAUCUCAAAAAGUUCCUAGUAGAAGAAAUCAAACACCAUCAAUACGUAAGAGAAGAGGAUCAAGUUUUGUUGUUAUUGCUGCUGAACUAUUAUCCGUGCGCCAUCAAGUGUUUAAACACGAAUAAACAAGAAACUUUGGACAUGUUGCUCGAAUUGUGUAGUUGUAACCCUAGCGAAGACGUGAUCAGUGCUGUGAUUAGUUGUAUCAGCACGUUUUUGCUGCACCUGGAUUACAACGUGCUAAAGUACGAGGUUUUGGUGGCAGUACUAGCGGAUAGCGCUUCUCCGGCAGCAAGUGAUUUUAGGAGACUGGCAGUUUGUGAUUUUUUGGCUAAAAAUUAUAUUUUAUAUUGUAAUGAAGACAGUAUUUUAAUUACUCAUGAUCUCCAUAUGGUAUUACAUAUAAUACUGGUUUUGUUAGAAGAUGACGAGUUGAUAGUGAGAAACGCUAUGAGUGAGUUUGCGACCGUUCUGAAAGUGAAAGUAUUCCUGGGAAGUUGCACCAAUAAACAACAAACCAUCUCCGGAAAGAAAUGGCCAGUGAUAGCAGAAAAAGCCAGGGAAGAUCUAUUAAACUUGAGUUCCAUAAUUCUUCCGAAAGAUGGCGCCAUUUGCUUUUUAUUUUCGUGGUGCUGCCGCCAUUUUCCAGAUUCAUCCAGUAAUGACGUCUCCGAGGUAUUUGAACGGGGUGAACUAAAUUCUUACGCAGAAAACAUUCCAUUCAUGGAUCUGUGCGCGGAAAUUCUGCACAAGCUCCUUUGGACCCUCGAGGACGGUUUGAGCUACGAAGACAAAUCCAUAUUCAUCGAGGAGCAUACUCUGCUCGUCACCACGAUGCUUCUCGAUGCGCUGGUGAAGCAUUCAUCUCCGAUGAUGUUGUACAAAACCAAAGUGUCUGUGAUAUGUGCUUUAAAGUCGACUGUUAAAUUUUUAGAGCGAUACGAAAUUAAUACAAAUUUUAUAGAUGAAUUUAGGACGUAUUUGAACGAAACGAUCAUUGGUUAUUUGACCAAGCAGGUCGAGCACAAUGAUCUGUUUCAUAUCAAAUGGAUUAUCAAAAAGAUUUAUGAUCCGGUCUUGAGAUAUAAAAGGCCGACGGUUUGA